AUGCGAGGCCGCACCGCCGCUGGGAGCGCAGCCCGCACCCCGCCGCCGGGCCCGGGGAGCUCCCCCAUCCCGCUCCGCGGGGCAAGCAGUCCAGGCGCAGGGGAGCUGGGCGCACCCCUCUCGGCGGACGCUCAGGGGGCGGCCCCGACCCCGCGCACAGCCUUGGCCCAGGUCCCGGGCUCGCUGGACGCGGGCGGGCGCACAGAGCCGGGCGCACGGGCUGUACGCGCCGGGAGAAGUCCGCAAGCCGGUCCCGCGGCUCCCCGGGGUCCCCCGAUGUCCCCGGCCCUGGUCCUCUCCCCCACCUCGCAGACGCAGCCAGAGGCGAGCGCUUACCGGUCCCGGCGCGGCUGGCAGGGGCUGGGGCGGCUCGGGCCGGCGGCCGCUGGGAGCGACGGCGCUGGGCGCGAGUGA